AAUCCCCGUUCUCAGCGUGGUGCAUUGUAACAUUACAACAACAACACUGCGAAGACAGAAACCUAGAUUGCAAGUGUUUGGUAGUUAAACGUGUGCAUGCAGACGAUCAGCGUGGAAUAAAGAACAAAGCGUCCUUCAUAUAACGGGAGGCGAGUCUUCUCUGUCCUCCCGUUGUCAUCUCUGGUACCAAAGCCUUGCUUCUGUGGGGAAUGAAGAAAGUCAAAAUGAAUCAAGAAGACAUGCUAGAGUUGCCCAUGAGACAGGGGACAUUUGAUGAGUUCUGGUCCUCAAACUUCGUGGAGAAUUUGGACAACACCAUCCUUGAUGUUUUGCCGCCUCGACAAUUCGACAAUUCAGCGAUGGCGUCCCUGAUGGAUUUGGGCCAGGCUGGCGUGGACGGCUUUGUGGGGCUGGAACUCCCGCUGGACGGGUCCAUCCCCACCCCAUCCGGCUCCCCCGUGGCGGACUGCCUGCCCCCCACCGCCACCACAGUGCCCUCCACCACCGACUACCCCGGCGACCUGGGCUUCCGUGUCCGUUUCACCCAGUUCAGCACUGCUAAGUCUGCCACUUCCACAUUCUCGCAGAAGCUGAACAAGCUCUUCUGCCAGCUGGCUAAGACCUGCCCGGUGGAGGUGUUGCUGGACGUGGGCGACCCUCCUGUGGGCUCCUACCUGCGGGCCACUGCCAUCUACAAGAAGUCCGACCAUGUGGCCGACGUGGUGCUACGCUGCCCGCACCACCAGAACAUCGCUGAGAACAACGAAGGUGUGGCCCACCGCAGUCACCUGAUCCGCAUAGAGGGCACGCAGAGGGCCCAGUAUCUGGAGGACGCCGUUACCAAGCGACAGAGCGUCAUCGUGCCCUACGAACGCCCACAGCUGGGCUCUGAGGCCACCACCAUUCUUCUGAAUUUCAUGUGCAAUAGCAGCUGCAUGGGUGGCAUGAACCGGCGCCCCAUCCUCACCAUCCUGACCCUGGAGAGCCCAGAGGGUCAGGUCCUCGGGCGUCGGUGCUUUGAGGUGCGCGUGUGUGCCUGCCCGGGGCGCGACCGCAAGUCGGAAGAGGAAAACAACGGCAAGAAGAACGGAGAGAAGAUUCUCUCAGGGACCAAAAGAAAAGUGCAGGUGUCUGAGCCAGAGAGGGAGGGGCAGGCCGUGCCCAAAGCUAGCUCCAGCAAGAAGCCCAAGACUGAAACCAACCCUGAUGACGAGAUCUUCACUCUUCAGAUUCGGGGGCGGAAGCGUUUUGAGAUGCUGAAAAGCAUCAACGAUGGCCUGGAGCUCAGUGAUGCGGUUCCCCAGGCAGACCAGGAGAAAUACAGGCAGAAAGGUGUGCCCAGAGCCAAACAUGGCGAUGCAGCGGUGGCCCCGAAGAGUGGCAAACGACUGCUUGUCAAGGAGGAAAAAAGCGACUCGGACUGAAUCUGCGCACAGUGGUGUACCUCCAACCCUGCAGGGAACACACACACAUCACACACACACACACACACACACACACA